GUCAUUAUCACAUAUACAAAUUAUUACAUCAACAAUAUUGUUGGUUUUAUUAACUGUGCGUUAAUAUUUAUUGCACACAGUAAUAAAAUAUAUUACCACGAUAUCAACUCCGAGAGACUUUUGCCAAACUUCGCCGAUCUACUACGGAGUAAAAGCCACAAAUAUCGAAAUAAUAUUGUAAAUACCGUAAUAUAAUUUACAAAACCGGAAAACAAUAUGGUUUUCCUGUCGAACGCCGUCGUCUCUGUGUUCACUCUUAUGGUGCUGUUGAUUGUUUUUAACUUUGAUGUCGCCCAAUCCGCAGAUACCAUCAAGCCCUUUGCUACCUGUCAAGAGUGCAUUGAUUCUACAUGCCACAAGAACGAUCAUCAUGAGUGCUGCCCAACUAAACAGGGCACUGUUUUAUGUUUCAAGUGUGAACAAACUCCUGAAGGUGACAAACAGUUCUACAGUAAAACUGAAUGCGAGAAUAAUUGUGAGGACAAGUCAAAGUGCACAUGCGACUAUUCAUGUUGGGUGUGCGCUAUAAAAGGCAAAGUGAGCAAUAUGUAUUGCGACAUGCCUACAAAACUGUAUGAUGAUUCUUGCAAUUUGGUUCCGUACAAUCCUUAAUGAGGUUAAGUAAAAUCAUAUCACAACGAUAUCACGAUUUAUGAAAUUAACACAAUUAUUUUGCAUACAAAAUUAGGCGUUUCAAUUUAUUUUUGUCAAUUGUUCACCGACAAUUUGUUUGUCAACAAAAAAAAAAAUCACUGAAAUUUUAUUAUUGUUAUUCAAUUUUAUUGUUUAAUUAACCUACAUUAUUAUUAUUAUUGUAUUAUUAAUUUUGUUAAGUCCCUAAGUAAUUGUAAAAUUAUAUUGUGUAUACGA